AUAGCCGGUGCCCAAUAAGAACAUCUAGUACUAUCUACAACCCUAAGCAUUAAUGCAGAUUCCUUCCCACGUUAUUAGAAUCAGUAGGGAUAUUCACUCCAGACACCUUGGAGUCCGUUCCACAGAGCUAGGAUUUCGUGUGCACCGUUCCGUACGAUUAUUUUUAUAGCUCUGAAGAGAUCAGACUGGAAAAACUGGUCAGCCAUGCAAUUAAAUGUCACUGCUGACUGACAUGCAAAUUGUAAGCUGGUUAAAGUUGUACGCUGACAAUGACGUUACAAAUUGCUGGAUUUGAUCUCAUAUCAGACAGCACCGUUAUUUUCUCCACACUGACCCAUUUCGCUGAAACCCUAAUGGAGAUCAUCGUUGGCCGCGCCACUUUUUCCAGUUCCGAAAAUACAGGCUGGAAAUCGAUCAUUCAAACAUGGACCAGGUAGGAUGAUGUUGACAGGAAAGUUCCUUAAUCCAAAUCCGAGUUUUCUAGUCCCGACAAUGGCGCUAUAUGCUCGCAUCAAGAUAGAGUCCACGUUGGAUUUGUGUCACGCUCCACGUCUCCGCUACUGUCCAAUCGGUAAAACUCUAAUCUGGCAGCCUGAAAAUUGUUCUCUGCAGUCUUUAAAUCGAGCUGUGGGGUGAGAUUCAGAUGCAUAUUUGUGAAGGGGAUUGAGUGAGGAGGGACUCGAACACGAGACCAGUCGAAGGUGUAAUGGCAUGGCGAGCACUGUUGGCUUCAUCGAAAGGAAAUAGGAAUAUUCUUCUAGGCGGUCUGAGGAAUAGAUUUGAGAGGUCCGAGGUUCAAGUCUCGGCGAGUUUUGUUGGUAACUCAGAGGUCUGCGGUUCGAAACUAGGUGGUGAUACAAGCCAGGGUCUGUUCAAUUCCCGUUGUCUGACGUCUGAGUCCGCACAGCGAUCUGCUCCUGUUCUGCAGGACUGGAUAGGCGCAACGGUCGUCCCGGAUAUAAUAAAUCACGGCAACCUGCAGAUCGAAAAUGGCGAGGCUUUGUACUCUGGGAUGAGCUCGAGGGAACUUUUAUCGACGCUUUUUAAUCUUUAUCUUGUGGCUUAUGAGCCCCUGGUCGACCUGAGCAUAAAGGUGUUUAGGUCUCCGUUGAUGAAACACGCGGCCUUCAGAAUUCCUGUGCUUCAGGCCGUUAAACAGACCGCGUAUUCGCAUUUCUGCGCGGGAGAAAACGUGGCGGAGGCCUCGGCAACGCUGCAGCGCAUGUGGGAGUUAGGACUCAAAGGAAUUCUUGAUUACAGCCUCGAAGACGCGACCGAUAACGAUUCAUGUGACCAAAACCUUCAAGGGUUUCUGAAUACAGUCCAGACAACGCUUCGACUCCCAGCCGGUUCGGUUAGCUUUGCAUGCGUGAAGAUCACGGCGCUAUGUCCUCUUCCCCUGCUAGAAAGAGUUAGCGACCUGCUAAGAUGGCGGCACCUCCAUCCGGAUCAGAUAAGCCUUCCAUGGAUGCAAGAUACUCUGCCAAUUUUAGCGCCCUCUAGCCCUACUUACCAUACCUUUACCGCUCCUCAACCAUUGACUGCUACCGAAGAAAAAUACCUCAAAUUGGCGGAAAAGAGGUUGCGUACGCUCUGCAAAUCCUGCGAGGAAAACUCCCUGCCUUUGUUAAUAGAUGCGGAAUACACAUCCGUCCAGCCUGCCAUAGACUACUUUACUUUCUCUGCUUCUCUGGAAUUCAACAAAUCUGCCAAACCAGUCGUUUACGGCACUGUCCAGGCUUAUUUGCAGGACGCGCUGCCACGUCUGCAGCUUGCGUCUGACGAGGCAACGCGGAGGGGAAUACAGAUCGGACUGGAGCUCGUACGUGGCGCCUACAUCAGCAGGGAAUCCGCGCUGGCAGCUUCUCUGGGCGCCCCUUCGCCCAUCCAUUCUUCAAUACAAGACACGCACAACUGUUACGAUGCGUGCGCGAGUCUCAUGAUGGAGAAAGCUGCCAUGGCAGAGGCGUCUGUUGUGUUGGCCACUCAUAACUUCCAGUCAGGCAAAGCUGCAGCUGCCAAGGCAGAGGAAUUGAAUAUCAGAAAGGGCAAUGAUAGAGUACAGUUUGCACAGCUGAAGGGAAUGGCAGACAGCCUUUCAUUAGGUUUAGUUCAGGCAGGAUUCCAGGUCAGUAAAUAUCUUCCUUUUGGGCCUGUGGAUCAUGUCAUGCCUUACCUCAUUAGAAGGGCUGAAGAAAACCGAGGGCUUCUCUCCACAACUACUGCAGAUCGUCAACGCAUCAGCAUGGAAUUGAACAGAAGAUUGCAGGCGGUUAUCGUAGGGUGAUAUGAAGAAAUACGCUACUGCCUUUGGUUUCUACAAAAAAAUGGCUGAAAGUGAAAAUGUAUAUUUAAAUAUUUGCAAUUAAAGCCCAGAUUAAAGGCCAUCCUUUUGCCUUCCAUGGCUGAAAGUCCAUGUAACUCAUGUUUAUACUUCAAUGCCAAAUUGCCAAUGACUUCAUGCUUUAUUUAUAGCUUUUUUCA